CAAUCGACCAGUAAUUCACAAACUCAGCUGAUUUGCAAUUUAUAUAUGAUGCUUCUGGUCACAUUUGCUUUAAAAAACGCAGUGUUUUUUAAAGGGUAGUCUCGACGUAGGCCAUUUUGUCUCUAAACACUUUCAUGCCUACCCUAACUGUGAAAUCCAAAUCGUAAUUUCCAGCAAUCAAUCUGUGUUUGAUUUACAGGAGAGACUUGAUAUUGUUAAAGAUAUGAUUUAAAAGCAGAUUAAAUUAUGUAGGCUAAUAUUAUAGGUUCUAACUGUUAUUCGCCAAAAUUUUCACAAUGACAAUAUAACUAAUCACAAAAUGGAGAGAGGAGUUACUCUGAAGUUCUCAGUCUUGCUUGUUAUUGGAAACAUAUUUCAAGGUGUCAUCUCUUCUGGGGCCAUCACUAUAGACAUGCCACCAGUCGUCUCAGUUUUUGAAGGUGAAGACGUUGAAUUAGAAUGCAAGGCUCGGUAUGCGGAUGGUACAUUGAUUCCAGCGUGUGAUACGCGACAUGGGUUAUUCCGAUGGUCAUUAGUAAAUAGGUUGGGAAACAUGCCAGGUGAUGAAAUUGCACGAUGUGGUAGAGUGGCGUCGUUCAAGAACAAGACUGUGAUAUUUAAUCAAGACAAUGGCAGUCUAACAAUAUUGGAUAUAGGCCUUGCAGAUGAAGCCGUGUUUGAAUGUUUCGUGUAUGGACAAUACAUCAGUCAUACAAACACAACAAGAGUCGACGUAAAAAAAGCUAAUUUUGGUGUUGAGGCAGAAAACAUUCUUACUCCUGGAGAAGGGGAGGACGUUUCAUUGCCGUGCUCUGUGAUCGACAGCGGCACAACUGAUCAAAGAAGUUUCACUUUUGAGUGGUCACUCAACGGCACCAUACUGCAGUCGUGCAAUCCAUCAGACGAGGUCAUUUAUUCUGUCGACCAGACGGGAAAGUACGCGCUUCAUCACGGCAUGACAAGCUGUAAUCUUACGAUUCUAAACUUGAGCUUGAAGGACGAAGGAAGAUACCAAUGUGACGUUCAUGACUCCUUCUACAACCAGUCCAACUACAAUUCUACAACAAUUGUCGUUGCGUCUGAACCAUUAUCAAUGACAGCAACAAACUACAUGAGAGAUGUUGGAACGACUAAGUUCAAAACAACACAGAUUACAGCUGAACCGUCAUUAAUCACAACUUUGCCAGCAGAAACAAACUUUAAUGGAGGUGUGAAACCUAAAAUCGUAACACUGAAAACGGGACAAGGGUCUGGAGAUACUCCGUUGGAAUCUGCUCGGAAAGAUGUUGUUUUGAUCACAGCCGUGUCAUCCGGACUUUUCCUGGUCGCAAUAAGCCUGCUGGUUGUCGCAUCGAGGCUUCGUAAAGACGGUCAUUCUGCUGUCCAGAUCAACCAAACCAAUGAUGCGAACAAAGCUACUGUGACGUUCAGACGAGCCCCUUCACCAGGAAGCAUACAAUCUGGACUCAAUCUGUCAAGCAGAUUUGAACAACAAGAUGCAGAAACAGCCUAUGCAGAAGUUAAAGAGAUUGGCGACCAUGCAACAUCGACAACCGAUAAUCGCAAUGCCAUAGCACAUACAUAUGCUGAGUCGAGGCUGAAUGAAGCCCCAAGCCCGCCCCCACCGCCUCGUGGAAUUUUGUAUCCACCACCACAUUGGCUGUGGCAAUGA